AUGCCAGCUGCUGUGACAUUUAGGUCUGAAUCCUUUGCAGAAACCUUCGCUGAUAGAGGACCAGUGACAUCAGGAGGGCGAUGGACCUGUCUUACUAGCUGCAGUGUGUCCUGGCUCAGACACUGUCACCCUCAAAGGGACCUUCCAACAUUCCAUCCAUCCAGACCAUGGGUCCCUCAAGGAUGGCUCUUACCGACGCUAUUGCUCCUAGUGACCAGUAUCCCAGCGGAAGCCAGCCUGGAGAUUGAUUAUACCCCGGUCCUCACCAGGAAGCCUUUGGAAGGGAGCAUCACCAGCUCUACCUUUACCCUAGAUCAACCCAAUGGCCAAUUCAACAGCCCCGACCUCAGUGACACUGAUGAUAUAUGGCUUGUGGUUGCCUUUAGCAAUGCUAUCAACAACUUCACGGCUCCCCAGUCACCCCAAGGCAUACCCCACGCUUCGACAUUCCUGGAGAAAAAAUACUACAUGACUAUCCAGGCCAGUCGAGCACUGUACUCCAAUGAGACAAAUGCCCAAGAUAUCCGCAUCCUCAGGGUGGGUAAUGAGACCAGCUGCACUGUGAACACCUGCAAUGCACCUCUGCCAGGCCCUGGUCCUUACAGGGUGAAGUUCUUGGUGAUGAAUGAUAACGGCCCAGUGGCAGAGACGAAGUGGUCCGAGGACAUCACGCUGAUAGAACCGGAGGAGGUCUCUGAGUCCCGUGCCCCCAAGAGCGCAGGUACCAUUGUCAUCAUAGUAAUCCUGUCCAUACUACUCAGCCUCCUGUUCCUUGCUCUUGUGGCCCUGCUUGUCUAUACAUGCUUUGACAUUUGUGGGACCCAGGAGAUCUCCAGGCCAGAGGAGUGCGUUCAAGUGAGGAGAUACAAUACGCACCACACCUACAGCACGCCUGAGGCUGGCAGAAGCUGA